ACCUUAUUUCACAAUGUCAGUAUACUAUCAGAUAGUGAUGUAACACUGGCUGAACGUAGUGAAAACGCUUCGUUUUCUUUGAAAAAAAUAUAUCGAUAUCGACUUACCACGGAUAUUAUUGAGGAACCAAUGGCUGUAUGGAAUCCAGACGAUCAUUUUUUGUUUGAGCCAAAUUUCGAAGAGAACAGACACAGGAGGAGGAAGAAUGCACAAGGAAAUACUUUAACAAGUUCUAUUGUGAUCACUCAUAAUGGAUCUUUGAAUCAUUUGACGGAUAAAAGAGAAAAACAUAUAGAUAGCAUUGCUAAGGUAAAUUAUGUUUUGGUCAAACACCUGUAUGAUUUUGUGAACGCAACAAUGUACUAUACAGUGGAAUCCACUUGGGGGUACAAAAAUAACCAAUCUGAAUGGAGUGGUAUGAUUGGAGAAUUGACAAAAAACAAGGCUGAUAUUGGAGGUACAGCCCUCUUCAUCACUGCAGACCGAGUUGCAAUAAUAGAUUACAUUGCAAUGACGACCAAAACAAGAUCGAAAUUUGUUUUCAGGGAACCCAAGUUGUCUUAUGUAACAAAUGUGUUUGUUUUACCUUUUGAUAGGAAGGUUUGGAUAUCUACUAUUGCUUUAGUUAUUCUCACUGGUUUUACCCUUUUGGUCAUAGUGAAAUGGGAGAAAAGACGAAAGGAAUAUGAGUCCAAUGGACAAAAUGUCCACUUGGACCUGGAAGACUCUUUUGCAGACAUCGCAGUCUUGACUUUUGGUGCAUUCUGUCAGCAAGGAGCUUCUGCUAUACCUUAUAGCUUACCAGGAAGAAUAACAACGAUAUUCUUAUUUAUUUCCCUCAUGUUUUUGUACACAUCCUACUCAGCAAAUAUCGUUGCUUUGCUUCAGUCUUCAUCGAAGAGCAUUCAAACCUUGGAGGACCUUUUGAAGUCACGCUUAGAAGUUGGUGUUGAUGAUACAGUAUUCAAUCAUUUUUAUUUUCCGAAUGCAACUGAACCAAUUAGAAAGGCUCUCUAUCAAAAAAAAGUUGUACCGCCAGGUCAACCUCCAAGGUUUUAUCCUAUAUUAGAAGGAGUUAAAAUAAUGAGGCAAGGGUUGUUUGCUUUUCACAUGGAAACAGGACCAGGCUACAAAAUUGUAGGGGAACUUUUUGAGGAGGGAGAAAAAUGCAGUUUGCAGGAAAUUCAAUUUCUUCAAGUGCCGGAUCCUUGGCUGGCCAUUCAGAAGAAUUCGUCCUUCAAGGAAUCGUUGAAAAUAGGUCUUUUCCUCAUCAGGGAAAGUGGUUUACAAAAUCGUGAAAUCGAUGCAAUCUACACGAAAAAACCUGUAUGUGCUAACAGAGGAAAUACCUUCAUAAGUGUGGGUAUUGUUGACUGCUAUGCACCUGCUGUUGUGUUAGCUGGUGGCGUCAUCAUUUCAUUCUGCCUAUUUGUUUUUGAACACUUUGUCCAUCUAAGGUCUAAAUUGAUCAAGAGAAGAAGACAUGAUUUGAUCAAUCUAUCGAAUAUGGUUUAUAAUGAGGGCUCCAAAUUACGGAUUAAUAAUAAUGGAACUCAUUUUCUUCAUCAUCCUUUAGAUGCUGAAGUCCAAGUUAAUAUCAUUGAUUCAAGGUGUCCAGAAACAAAAAUGAUAUUGCAUAGGGCUUCUACUCUAGGCCUUCUAAAGAAACCUUUUAGAUGGAUAAUUUUUGGUAAUAUCAAAGAGAUAGAAACUAUCGAAUUCCAUCCACUAGUUGAUAGUAAUUUUUUCAUUGUGGAAAAAACCAACGGAAACCUUGUGGUUACAGCAAUUUACAAACUCAGCAAGAAUUCAACAGAAUUCAAACAUACUAAAAUUGCAGAUUGGAACAUAAGGAAUUCUUUCCAGAGCUUGAAACCAUUGAGCAUUUAUGGAUCUCGUAGAAAUUUGAAUGGUACAAUGUUCACUUUCAACUUUUGGGCAAGCAGUCCUAUCACCUACAAAACCGUGUCAGAAUACAGAUACACACAUAUUGAUCCUUCUAUAAGAUUCACUUAUGCCAUAACCGAGUUGUUAACAGCAAUCAUCAACGUGACUAGAUCUUAUCUGAUACACAAUUCAACGAGCUAUGCACAAUUUAUGGUGAUGUUACAAGAGAUAAGAGAUGGUAAAGCAACCAUGGGAGCAAUGCCCUUCUUUUUCCUUGGCGAUCGUCUACCCUGGCUCGACUACAUAGCUCCAAACACACGUUCAUACCUCUUCUUCAUAUUCAGAGCUCCUCCACUCUCCUAUGUCACCAACAUCUUCACCAGACCAUUCCAACAGAACGUGUGGUACGCUUCAUUCCUCCUUUCAGCUUUGACCUUCCUCGUGAUGUACAUCAUUGUAAAAUGGGAAUGGAAAGAUGAUUAUUUCCGAAGAAAGAUUGAAACCUCUCACGAUGUGCUCAGACCUUCAGCAGACAACGUGGCUAUUCUUCAAAUGGGAGUCAUGAGCCAACAGGGAAGCGAUACUGAACUGAAGAGCGUUUCUGGAAGGAUCGCUUUCGUUUCAACCUUGAUCACUUUCAUGUUUUUAUACACGGCUUAUUCGGGAAUGAUUGUUGCUCUCUUACAGUCAACUUCGAACAUGAUUACCACUCUUGAUGACCUCCUCAAUUCUGGUAUCGAACUUGGAGUGGAAAAUUUGUCGUAUGUAGUUCUGCAUACUGAUAAAGCUACCGAAAAGGUGAGAAGAGAAAUUUACUUGAAAAAACUUCAACCGAAAGGGGACAAACAUAAAAUGUCGUUGAAUGAAGGUGUUGAAAAGAUGAGGACUGAAUUCUUCGCUUUCCAUACAGAAUCUACAUCAGCCUACAAAGUUAUUGGUGACACAUUUCAAGAAAGUGAAAAAUGUAAACUACAAGAAAUUUCAUAUGCAACCAUUAUUGAACCUUGGAUAAUUGCCACCAAGAACCAUUCUUAUAAAGAACUCAUGAGAGUUGGGUUUGCGCACAUGAGAGAACAAGGAUUUUACAGUGCUCAACGACGUAGAAUUUUCAACGAAAAACCAGAAUGUACUAACAAGGCAGGUUCAUUUGUGAGUGCUGGCCUUAUAGAUACUUAUGCUGCUUUUAUGUUGUUUGGUGUUGGGUUCACAUUGGCUGUAGUAAUUUUUCUGGCAGAAAUAAUCACCAGCAAACCACUCAUGAAGACCAUCAAGAAGUGA